GACCCGCUUCUGUAUUGCUGCGGCGUGCGUAAUUCGACAUGAGCAGGCCGCAGAAGAAGCCCCUGCAGCCAUGGGCUGAGCAAAUGAUCAGUGCCUAUCAUCUACCUCCUCUGGACGACGAUGACUACUUUGUGCAGUGGGAGACUGGCCGUCUGGGCGUGAACAUCUCCGAGGACAAAGAGUCAGAGCUGCCGUACGUGUCCAAGAUCACAGACGCGCAGUCGCCGCUGGCAGCAGCCAUGGAAGUUGGCGACUUUCUUCUGUGCGUGAACGAACUCCGCGCGGAGGAGAACUCAUUCAACAACUUUCUGCGCCUCCUUACGACGAAGCAGAAGCCAGUGUUGCUGCGCUUCCGUCGAGGGACACCGGCCACUCGCAAUCGCAUCAUCGCGAACCACGACGCCAAGUACCCACCUCGAUCCUCGUCCCUCCAGCGGAAAUCUUCCAAGGAAGACCUGUCGUCCAGAACGUCUUCCUCCCUUCGACCAAUCUUAACCUCGGACGCGACCAUCAGCACUUCGUCGUCGCGUUGGUCUAGUCAGUUGUCGCCGUCUGUCGUAGCAUCCUCGUCCUUCGCUCGAACAAGAUCAGGCCAUCAAGCGGACAUUUCAUUGUCGCCAUUGCCUUCUCCUCCACCUCCCAUGCUCCCCUCGGAACAUGGUCGGUCCACGUCCAUCCCAGAGAGCAGGGUCAUGCCGCCAUCAUCGUCCCAACAACGUUCCCCAGCUCCUCCCGCCGGAAUUAUUGCCCUUCCAACGACCUCUUCGACCCCUCCCCCCCCCCAUCUUCUCGCGUCGUCGUCCUCGUCGUCCUCAUCGUCGAUCUCGGACGAUGCCGCCGCGUUUAUAUUCUCGUGGGUGGAUGGCCCCCUUGGGGUGUUCUUUGGCGAAGACGACGCGACGCAGCUUCCUGUGGUCACGCGGACGCUGUCCCAUGCGUCGCCUCUCAUCACGGCCAACGUCCAAGUAGGCGAUACCCUUGUGUCCGCCAAUGGCUUGCUCUCGCGGGACCACCCGUUUGCCGAGUUUUUCGCGGCGUUGCAAAAAAUGACCAAACCGAUCCAACUCGUGUUUGCACCAUCCAUAGCGCCGUUGGCCGAUGACGUUAGCAUGCUUUCCACUCCCGAUGACGCAAUCACGGGCGAUCACGUCACCACGUCCCACGAACCAGAUCAGGGCGGACAUCAUCGCCCGAACCCACCGCCCCCCCGGUCCCCGGCCUCGCGGGGCAUCGACGUCGGGGCCAAGGGGGAGCCUUUGAAAGACAGCGACAAGAAACCUACAGCUGCAACGACAACAAUAUCCCCUCUUGGACCCAACCAUGUAAUCCCACAGACUGCGUCGCCAUCGACGACCAAGGCACCAGUGAUGGCCAGUCGCGGACUGCUCCCAGAAGUUCCCCCCGCCGCCGCUCCGCCGAUGGUGCUCGACGAACGGCCCUACACAACCGAUGACGACGACGACAACGACGAUGUCGGUAAAGCGACCAGCCUUCUUCAUGGCCAUCCUUCCAACACCAAACAGCAUGACGAGGACGAGGAAGACGAGGACGAUAGCAGUGUGAUCACCGACGUCGACUUGGAUUUGGAGUCUGCCGACGACGAUGAUGACGACGUGGCGGAGGACGCGGUGAUGCCCACGCUGGAGUUUAUCAAAGGCGCUCCGUCGCCCAAGCAUCAAGGUGAAAGGGGCGAUGCGGGGUCACAGCCGCCGACUCAUUCGACGGAUGGGACGCCGCUCCUGGUAAGGCCGACCAUCAUCCCCACGACAUCGUCCUCCGGUGGCGUACCCCCGACAGCCACCAGCAGCAACAACAACGAGCGGACAGGAGGGGGCCGUCGAAGCCGCAGCGGGGGGAAGUCCAAGCGCAACAAUUACACCGCUGGGCCCCGGCUGCCACGCGUGAACGAGCUCGAAGAGCAAACGAUCGCUCUCUUGGAACCAAACAGCGUCAACAUGAAGCUGACCGUGCGGGGUCGCCUCAAGAGCCAGCGCGUGUCCAAGGCCGACACCCCCGACAGCGCCAUGUACUUGGUCAAGUGGAAGGAGAACCGCAGCAUCGGCGUCCAGCUGCGCGAGUGCCGCCUCGCCAAGGGCGUGUACCCCAUGGUCGUGCUCGUGUGUCGGGAUCCGUGCUGCGACGCGCUGCGGCACGUGCACAUUGGCGACCUCCUCGUGGAAAUCAAUGGCCGAGAUACGGCCAUGAUGAGCGUCAAGAAGACCGUCGCGUUUGUGAAAACGUGCACCAAGACCGCCUUGCUCAAGUUUAAACGAGGCCCGGGCAUCUCCGUGUCCAGGGUCAGUGCCUAGUUAGUGUCGGUAGUAUCACAACAGAAUCCAUUCGACACAACUUAAGGUCGAGCGCUUGUUGCGUAAGUAGCGCCUACAAAAUCGUACAAAAUCGCACUGGUUUCAACGAUGGGGAAACCUAC